UGCUUUCAGUAUUCAACGCGUUGCUGUCUGGUAAGGAUUGUUUUGGAAGAGUUGUGGCUGGGAACAUUUUGUAUACACUGAAAAUAGGCAGGCAUGCGACCAUACUAUGAGGAUCCAUGUGGCUGUCCUCCUCGUCAUCACCAUGGUCGUCCAAAUAUCGAAAUUGAUGUGGUUCCCAAUUGGGGUGGCGCAUACUAUCCGCCGGCGACUCCGGCUCGGACCGAAGUUGUCUACGUAAUGCCAGGGGCAUCAUCCCCCUAUAUGCCCCAAGCAGCUGCUGGCCCACAGUUGAUGAUGCCACAGCAGCCAUAUGGUGGUGGCAUGACAAUGGCCUCCGCGGGCUACUAUCAGCAGCAGCAGGGCUACGAAUAUCAGUAUCAACAGCAGCAAUAUCAACAGUAUAAUCCAUAUCCACAAUAUCAGCAAUGGUAGAGUAGAGGAGGGCAAGGACACUGGCAUCUUUCAUCUGUCAUCAAGGGAGCAUCAGGCAGGAGUCUCUGGAGCAUCAGGCAGGAGUCUCUGGAGCAUCAUCAGCUGCAGCUUGUGGAGUCUCUGGAGCAUCAACUGGAGCCUCAGCUGCAGCUUGUGGAGUCUAUCUAGAAUCUAUGGACAGAAAUAUGUGAAUCAAACUCAAAUUAAAUUUAAAAAAAAAACAAUGUUUAAAGCCUACAAUAAAAGUAAUUCCUAUAAAGUGUAAACACAAGCAAAAAGAUAA